GAGGAGAAAGCGGGAAUGUAGCUCAGUGUGAAGGCUCUGGCUUCCUCAGAUCCACUAGAUGAAUUUCAAGCUCUCAACAGCCGCUUGCUAUGAGACAUUCCCAUGAUCGAUGGUGGUGCUAAGGGAUUCUUCCUAGUCUGGAGGAGGGACAAAAGCCUUGAGAUGAUUGGCUGGUGCUAGAGGCGUGGUGUCAAUGCUUGGCUUUGAUUGGGCAUUUUGUCUUAAUGGAAACCAACCAUCAUCGAGGGCAUCUGGGCGUGGCUAGGUUUACUGUGAGGCCCUGCCCCAAGUUCCGGAGCCCACUGACCCCUGGCGGGUUAGAUCCUGGUCGAGUCCUGACCGUCUGCCCCCUUAUACACCGUUCCGCUCUGCAUACAACUCUGCAUGCGACCCCAUCCCCGACCACGGAGUGAAGGGCGGUCGGGCAAGUCUCCCUCCCACCCCUGAGUGAGGGGCAGUCGGGCAGGUCUCCCUCCCACCCCUCCCUCCCUACUCCUUCCCCCUCAUGCCAGUCCUGCAGCCCUCUGUGAACUGGGCUGGCGGUGGGGGAGCAGGAGGCUGAUGUGGGCCUGGGGACAGGGAGGUGGUGUCCCCAUAGGAGGAUGGCCCAGGAGGAGGGUGAGGCUGAGGUGCUGGAACGGGUUGGGGCCUCGAAGGGCAUCACAGACCUGGCCCGAAAGCUCCAGUUUUAUGACCCUUGGGCUCCUGACUACGACCAGGAUGUGGCUGCUCUGCCGAACCGUGCACCCAGCCUCGCCGUGGACUGCCUUACCCGAGCCCCCCCCCCACCCCACACAGUCCUAAUCCUGGAUGUGCCCUGUGGUAGGGGCCUGGUGGCUGCUGAGCCACAGGGUCGGGGCUUCCUGCAGCUGCAUGGGGUGGACGGGAGCCUGAGGAUGCUGGACCAGGCCCGGGCCUGUGCCCUUUACCAGCAGCUCAGCCUCUGCAUCCUGGGCCAGGAGCCUCUGCCCAGCCCUGAAGAGGCCUUAGACGCAUUGUUGGUGAUAGGUGCCCUCGGUAACCGCCAGGUGCCCUGCACUGCCAUUUCAGAGCUCCCACGGGUCACCAAGCCAGACGGGCUGGUGUGUCUGACCACCAGGACCAACCCGUCCAACCUUCUGUACAAGGAGGCUCUGGAGGCCACCCUGGACCAGCUGGAGCGGAUGGUGGCCCAGCCUGUGGACCACUGGGAACUGGCCACCUCCACCCUCAAGGUGGUGCCUGCCACCUGUGUCAAGGAUGGCUUCAUCUUGGGCAUCAUCUACCUGUACUGGAAGUGGGGGUGAGGCCCGGCCCCCAGCCCGAGGCUGGCUCUGAUCCUCUGUGCCCAACCCUGCCCCUCAGAAAUGCUCUGCCUAUUAAAGGGACCCCCAGAAGGGAUGAGAAGA